AUGUUAAAUAAAAUAAGUCAUCUCUAUCGACUUUCUAAUCUUAAGUUGCAUUAUCCAAAAGGAUUUGCAAAAAUCUUUAAGAUUCCUCAUUAUGCCACUACAAAUGAUAUUGUGCAAUUAAUCAAAUAAGAAGAGCAAGAUUUCUAAAAUGUUAAAAUUACUAUGGGAGAUAAGGAUAUCACUGAAUAAUAAUUACCUUUUGUAGAUUUAGUUUUGCAUAACACUCCUUCUAUUAAUAUUGAUGACGUUAAUUUCUCAUAUGAAUUAGAUUUAAAUGGAUGUGCACCAUAUUAUAUGAAUUCCGAAUUAGAAACAGCAUUUUCACAACUAGAAAUUCCUUAUUUCGAUGCCUUAGUCAUUGCUAGAUUUCAUGAACUAAUGGUUUAAAAUCUUAACCCUAACAAACAAUCCCAUAGUCCAAUUGAGAUUGAAAAUGCAAUUCAAAAAGCUUUGGCCAAAUAUGCUGAAGAGAAUGCAACAACUUCUUAAUUCUGGUAAUUGUAGUAAACUGUAUUACAGAAUUUGGAUUAAGUUAUAGUUUAUUAUGAAAAAAUUGUAGCAGAAGUAACUGAAGAAGCUACUAGAGUAAUUCAUUUAAAUCAAUAUUAUAGCAAGGUCAUAAAUUAUUGAAAUAACUCAUUGUUUUUGCUUUAAUUUAGUAUUUCUUUUUACUUUAUUUGACUUAUGGGAUUUAUGAUUGGGGAGUCUCAGAACCAAUCUCCUAUUUACUUGCUUAAGUUAUGGAAACAGUUGCAUUGUUCUAUUUCAUUAAAAAAGGAAGAGCUUUCAAAUAAACUCAUUUGUUUAAAAACAAAUUUGAUAAAACAUUUUAUGAACUCAUCAAUAAAAAAACUAAUUCUACAUAUUUCAUGAAGGAUCUUGCAUUUGCAAAACAAAAAGCAGAUCUUAUCUAAGCUAAGAUUAUCUAUGGAACAACAUCAUUAUGAAAUUGAUUUAGCC